AUUAAAUAUACGUAAAUGAAAAUGUUGAUUUAGGAGUAAAGUAGACUCAACCCGCGCCUCUUAUUUCCCGUCAUGUGACCGUCAUCAACAACAGUUCUGUUCAACAUGGCGGCUACGUCUGUCUUCCACAGAGUGAGAACUGGAUCGAAAAUAGGUGCCCAGUAUGAUCAAGACGGCAAUGUUAUUCAGGUGGAAACCAGAGAGGACGAGGAGCAGAGUGUCAAGUUGGCGGAGAUCCUGGAGCUCCUGCUGGCAGCUGGUUACUUCCGAGCCAGGAUCAAGGGAUUAUCACCUUUUGAUAAGGUGGUGGGGGGUAUGACCUGGUGCAUCACAACAUGUAAUUUUGAAAUUGAUGUGGAUCUUCUUUUCCAAGAAAACUCGACUAUUGGUCAGAAAAUAGCCCUGACAGAGAAGAUAGUUUCUGUUCUCCCAAAAAUGAAGUGUCCUCAUCGCCUGGAGCCCCAUCAAAUUCAAGGGCUAGAUUUUAUUCACAUAUUUCCUGUGAUACAGUGGUUGGUGAAACGAGCUAUAGAGACUAAGGAGGAGAUGGGUGAUUAUGUGAGAGCCUAUUCUAUUUCCCAGUUCCAGAAGACUCACAGCCUCCCAGAGGAUGAAGAGUUUAUUCAAAGCAAAGACAAGGCUGUGAGGGCAGUUCUGGAUGUAUUGGAAGUAUACAAACCACAGCGAAAGUACAGGAGGCAGGGGGAAGCAGGAGAGCUGGUAGACGAGGAGUCCAGGGUUCACUCCACUCUGCUGGAAUAUGGCAGGCGAUAUGGAUUCAGCAGGGAGGCCAAACAAGACAAGGUGGAUGGGGUGAAGGCCUCACAGGUGCCAGGCUCUCAGGCAGCGUCUACUAGAAUGGCAGAUGUGUCAGAAGAAGAAGAUUUGCAGGCAGCAGAAGAGAUGCGAAUCAAAACCCUGAUGACCAGCAUGGCUGCAAUGACAAAGGAAGAGGGAAAGCUUACUGCAAGUGCAGUAGGUCAGAUAGUGGGACUGCAGUCUGAGGAGAUUAAACAGAUCGCCUCUGAGUACGCUGAAAAGCAGUCCGGGUUAACCUCAGAGGACCGUUCAGAGCGCUUUGGGCCACUGCAGCAACAUCGCAGGGUGGUCACGUCCCUCAACAAACAAGUCCAGCAAAAAACGAAAGCGCUGGAGGAGUUGCAGGCCAAGCUUGAAGAGGUGAAGACAGGUUGUGAUAAGGCCAAGAGAAAUCUGAUGGAGGCUACAGAGCAGUCAGAGAAGCUGGAGAAGGAGCUGAAAUCUUUAGAAGAGAUGGAGAAGCAGGCUGACAGCAGCCUUUUAGAGAAGCUGCGGGCUCUGGUCAUGAUGAAUGAGAACCUGAAGCAGCAGGAGCAGGAGUUCCGCAUACACUGCAGAGAUGAGAUGGCCCGUUUGCAGCAGAACAUUGAGGAGUUAAACACUGCAUCAGGGCAUGACACCAAGGAGGAGCAGGAGAGGAACCAGCUGAUAGACAAACAGUACAACAACGACAGAGAAAAAUUACAAAAGAUCCGUUUGCUCAUGGCACGAAAGAACCGCGAGAUCGCCAUCAUGCAAAGGAAAAUCGAUGCUGUGCCGAGCCGGGCGGAGUUGACACAGUACCAGAAGAGAUUCAUCGAACUCUACAGCCAAGUUUCUGCAACACACAAGGAGACCAAGCAGUUCUUCACUCUGUAUAACACGUUAGAUGACAAGAAGGUUUAUCUGGAGAAGGAGGUGAAUCUACUGAAUUCCAUUCAUGACAACUUCCAGCAGGCCAUGUCGUCUUCGGGGGCUAAGGAACAGUUCCUCAGGCAGAUGGAGCAAAUAGUGGAGGGAAUUAAACAAAGCCGGAUUAAGAUGGAGAAAAAGAAGCAGGAAAACAAAAUGAGGAGGGAUCAACUGAAUGAUGAGUACCUGGAGCUGCUCGACAAGCAGAGGCUGUAUUUCAAAACUGUCAAGGACUUUAAAGAGGAGUGUCGUAAGAACGAGAUGCUGCUUUCCAAGCUGAGGGCAAAAGGAGCAUCUUAACACUCAUCCUUGUUUGUGUUUGAUGUAAGUGAAAUGUAGAGUCUUGUAAAAUUUCUAAGGCGUUGAAUAUAUAGAGUAUGGAUCUAUUUUGAGCAUCUCACAUUUUGUUUUAUCAUUUUCCUUUACAGCUGAUGAUUGUUAAAAUUAUGAACAUUACAUUUACACAAAUCCAAAUGAAGACAAUGAUGUCUUGAGUUAGAGCAUUAAGAAGCUGUGAUGUGUUCCAAAUUGCUCAGUUAUUAUUAUCAAGCUUGACUGUCUAACCUGAAAUCAGAUCAAUGUUAUGCCACCAUUAAAUGUUUACAUUGCAUCAUAUAAAAUGUUACGCAACAAACCUUAACUUACGUAACUAACAUUUGCCUAAAACGUUAGAUUUUGACCUUGCCAUUACAUAGUUCAGUGUAUUUUCUGGCAGUAGAUGUUGAUAACAACAUGAAUGAGGUCAUUAUUGGUAACUACAGUACUUUGAAAGUUUGGGAAGGGCUUUUUGUUCCAUUCCAGUCCUCAGUAAUGUUGUGAUUAUGGCCACAUCAGUCAGAAAUUACCAUUUACGUUGCUGACAUCUGCUCAGUCAGGUCCUGUCAAUAGUCAAUUGAAUUCUUUGUAAAAGCUCUAACAGUCUUCUGAAAGAUGACAGUUUCCAUGAUGGUGUUUAAAACUGUACAAACUAAAGUUUUGUUCAAUUAAAUCUUUAAAGGCUGCACUAACUUAAAAGAAAUCACAAGAAAUGAAAAGUGCCUGAACGUGUUUGUUUUAAAAAUGUUACUUUUCAUAAAUAAAAUAGUAGUGAUUCUGUU